AUGCAAAUACUUUCUUUAAAUUUUUUUAUAUAUACCAUUGGCGGUUUAUGGCGACCUGCUGAGUGGUCAUCAAAUGGUGCCAAGCUGCUGUAUAACAUGUAUACCUUUAUGGUAAUACUCUCGGAGUACUUUUUGAUGUUAACUCAAUUUAUGGAUAUAAUUUUUGUUGUCGAUAAUGUCGAUGAUUUUGCUACUAAUACUCUAAUGUUUUUGAGUAUUGUUGCCGUUUGUUGUAAAACUACUGUUAUUGUGGUACGUCGGAAUGCGAUCAUUAACUUAGUGCAAGUAUUGCUGAAAGUACCAUACAAACCUCAAGACGAAGAUGAAAUAGCAAUACAAGCAAAAUUUGAUAAAUUCAUUAGUUGUUUAAAAAGAGAUCCAAUCAUGCAAAUACUUUCUCUAAAUUUUUUUAUAUAUACCGUUGGCGGUAUAUGGCGACCUGUUGAGUGGUCAUCAAAUGGUGCCAAGCUGCUGUAUAACAUAUUUACCUUUAUGAUAAUAUUCUCGGAGUACUUUUUGGUGUUAACUCAAUUUAUGGAUAUAAUUCUUAUUGUUGAUAAUGUCGAUGAUUUUGCCACUAAUACUCUAAUGUUCCUAACUAUUGUUGCCGUAUGUUGUAAAGCGACUGUCGUUGUGGUACGUCGAAACGCGAUCAUCAACUUAGUGCAAAUAUUGUUGAAAGCACCAUGUAAACCUCGAGACGAGGAUGAAAUAGCUAUACAAACAAAAUUUGAUAAAUUCAUCAGAUCAAGCUCGAUAAGAUAUUCACUUUUAGCAACAAGUUCCGUUACAGGCGUUACAAUAGGAUCAGUACUAAACGUUAUGCAAGGCCACCUGCCUUAUCGAAUAUGGCUGCCAUAUAAUUAUAUAUCUACGAAGUUUUGGAUUAUAUCCAUUCAUCAGAUUGUAACUUUAAUUUUUGCCACCCUGAUAAAUGUGGGCACAGAAACCUUAGUCUUCGGAUUGAUUUUACAAACGUGUGCUCAGCUUGAAAUUUUCAAAAGUCGUCUUCACAAGUUCAUAAUUAAAAAAACAGUUAAAUAUCUGGGACGUGAAAGCUCUUUGUUGAAUGAAGACGAAACAGAAUUGUCGGAGUGCAUACAUCAUCAUCUCAGCAUUUACAAAUACGCCAAAGCGGUAAACGUCACAUUCAACCAAGUGCUUUUCGUUCAGUUUUUUAGUAGUAUACUGAUAUUAUGUUCGAGUGUGUAUUACUUGUCAAUACAUAUUACGGAACUGUCUGCAGCUGCAUCUUUAUUAGUAUAUACUAUCUGCAUGUUUGUACAAAUCUUCGUUUACUGCUGGUCCGGAAACGAAGUCAUACUUAAAAGUACGAGCAUAACAGACGCUAUAUAUCGUAUGAAUUGGCCAUUACUCUCAAUCAACGAAAAAAAAGGAUUGUUAAUGAUCAUGAUACGUAGCACAAUUCCUGUAAAGUUCACUAGCAGUUUCUUGAUAACUUUAUCCAUUCAGUCCUAUAGCAAUGUCAUCUUUAUUGUCGAUAACUUGGUAAACUUGGCCUCGAGUUGUUCUAUUUUCCUAGGGACAAUUACCUUACUCUGCAAAGCGAUUAUUAUUGUAAUCCGUCGCGAUCGGAUUAUCAAUUUGAUAACAAUACUGCAAGAGGAACCUUGCAAAGCUUGUAACGAGGAAGAGAUUAACAUCCACAUAAAAUUCGACCGUUUAAUCAGAUCACAUUCCAUGCCUUAUAUAACACUAUGUACGAUCUCGAUAAUAGGCACUAUAAUUGGAGGAAUGCUUUAUAUGUUAGAGGGCACAAUACCUUAUGGAUUCGUGUGGGUACCUUGGGAAUGUACUUCGUUCCUUUUAUUCUGUUUUACAUCUCUUCAAGAGAUCGCAGCUGUGGUUUCUUGCAUUAUUGUAAACAUCGCGACAGAAACUACGGUUUUAGGAUUUUGCUUGCAAACGUGUGCAAAAUUUGAAAUUCUAAUUCAUCGCCUUCAGAAAAUGAUAAAAGGUGAGAAGGAAGAUAUGCGGAAAAGUUCAGUGAACAAUACAAGCAGAUUAUCAAAAUGCGUUUCCUUUCAUCUUUGUAUAAUCAGACUUGUUGAAAUGAUCAACGAUGUGUUCAGUCCAGUCAUCUUCAUGCAAUUUUUCAUCAGUAUUUUGGUACUGUGUUCAGCUGCAUAUUAUCUGUCUUCUAAUAUAACACUUAUAAACGUGCUUAACUACGCAACCUACGUAUUUUGCUUAUUUGUGCAGAUUUAUAUUUAUUGCUGGGCUGGCAACGAAGUUACACUUAAGAGUGUUGAAUUAGGCGAAAAGAUAUAUCAUAUGGAUUGGAUAUUAAUGACAAGAAGUGAACAACUGGAUCUACUAAUGAUUAUGAAGCGCAGCACAAAACCCAUAAAAUUCACUAGCAGUUUCUUAGUGACACUGUCUUUGGAAUCUUAUAGCAAUGUCAGUAUAUGA